CGGGGGUUGCGGGGUCGUGGGCACUCGGCGCGCCGAGGCACGCCGCCUUUGGGCCCGGCCGCUACUGCUGGCUUCAAACGCAGACCCGGAGCUCGAGGACGUAGGUGUCCAGUUUCCUUUGACCUUGAGGACCCGGGAAGGUUCUGUGCGCCAUGGCUAUGACUAGUGUCAGAUUGCCUGCCAGCGUUUUGAGAAAGCCAGAUGCCUGGAUUGGACUCUGGGGAGCACUACAAGGGACACCUUCGUACAAACUCUGUGCUUCCUGGAAUCGAUACUUAUAUUUUUCUAGUACCAAGUUAAACACAUCAAAUUGUAAAACAUUUUUCCAUAACGUUUUCUCACGGAGACUCCCCAGGCUUUUCAUAUCCCCAGAAUAUAUUUUCCCAUUUUCCAUAAGACUCAAAAGUAAUAUAGGCUCUAAAAAAUCCACUGAAAAGACUCUGCAGAAAGCCGCAGCUGAAGAGGACUCUGAUGAGGAGAGCCACGGCGAGAUGAGCGAGCGGGAGGAGGAGCUGGAGGACGACCCUAGUGUGGUCAGAGACUAUAAAGACCUGGAGAAAGUAGUGCAGUCUUUUCGGUACGAUGUUAUCCUAAAGACAGGCCUAGAUGUUGGAAGAAACAAAGUGGAAGAUGCGUUCUACAAAGGCGAACUCAGGCUGAAUGGGGAAAAAUUAUGGAAGAAAAGCAGAACGGUGAAAGUGGGAGAUACAUUGGAUCUUCUAAUUGGAGAGGAUAAAGAAGCAGAAACAGAGACAGUGAUGAGGGUUCUCCUGAAAAAAGUGUUGGGAGAGAAAACUGAAAGCGAGAAGUACAGAGUGGUGUUACGCCGGUGGAAAAAGUUAAAGUUGCCUAAAAAGAGGUCUGCUAUCACUAGGAUGUCAGAAAAACAUUAAGGCUGGAUCUACACGAGGCAAGUAUUUCCAAACGGCAGGAACAGCCCCUUGGCCCCCACGUCCACCGCACGCCGCUCUCCACACAGCCAGGCAGGGUGAGAGGUCGCAGUGACUUCUCACCGGGGCUCUCAGGACCCCAUCCCAAUCAGACAAGAAGCAAACAUUGGGGGGGGGGGAGGAAAGGGGUGGAAACUGAGGCCAUCUCUGUAGGAACGCAAGUGGCCAUGCUGCGGUGUGUGGUCAGGCCAGUGACUCUUACCAUUGAAACAGCUAAUCCUUUCACCACUAAGUAGAUCCCAUUGGUUGGUUGAUGAUUGCUGCUGAUGCGGCACCCCCUCCACCCAAACUUAAGGAGAAAGGAAGAUUUGGGGCCAACGCUGAAGGGGGAGGGGCACGCUUUUGCCCAUGACACUAGACAACUUUAUUCCCUGUCAAACAUUUGUUGUCAUGUAGACACAGCCAAAGUGAACUGAAGCAGGAUUAGAACACUUAGUACAUUCAUGACUACCUUCAUACAUUCUUUUAAAACUUACUAACAGAGAAAACGAGGGACACUACCACCUACUGUGACUGGCUAUUUUACUUACCAUCAGAAUGUGUCUGUGCUAAUUCUUUAGUUCUCCAGAUACGAAGAAAAAAGUAACCCCAAAACAAACAAGUAAAAACCCAUGAAUUUAGAUGGGGAGGGGGACGGGGUUUACCAACACAUUUUAUGGAAAACAUUAAAUUUUGAAAAAAAGUUAAGUAUUUUGUACUUCUAUUGCUUCGUGUAAAAAACUGCCCUGGAGCCUUGGAGCCCACCUGUAUGGCUGGAGAACUGAGGACACCAUACAGACAGACACCUGCAGGUGUUUCCUGGUGAGACAGUCCAGAGGGACAGGAAACAACUUCCCAGAGUGCGUCCACCUCUCUUCUCUAAAAGGGACUCUAAGAUUUGGGGCGGGGGUGGGGUGGGGUGGGGAGGAGAAGCCCUACGCAGGAAAGGUAUUAAGGAAACCACCAAAAUAACAGCUUCCAAAAACUGAACAUGCUCUAGGCUGUGAAGAAACACAUUUCAUUCCUAGAACCUGUUGAUUUCUCUAACGUGGGUAGAUAGGACUUUGCGUUAUUAAUAAAUGAUUGUGCUUCUGAAGUUGCAGGGUCAGAGUCCACCCUCUAGAAAGCAGGGCAAUUUUCGCAUGGCUUGGAAUCCUCUUGGACACAUCCUAGAGACCAGAACAAAUUCCAUGGCACUCUCCAACCAACAGGGCUGGCGGGCGAGAGCGCCACCGCCAUCUUUGGGUAGGGCACGUGCACGCGCACACGCGCACGUGUGUGUUGGAGAGACUAAGGCAUAGAGAAAGGCCCAAGUGAGGAGGAAAAAGUGAGUUUCCUGGAUGCUCUAGUCCCUUCUUUCCAGGCACAAAGAGGCUGAGCUUGUUAUUCCUAUAGGCCCCCUUCAUCCCACUUAAGUUGUUUCGUAGGAAGAAAAUGUAUGUGCACGUGUGGGUGGGUGUGGGUGUAGGUGAGAGAGUCCUUAAGUCCCUGUGCAUUUCUAAAUUGCAAUAAUUUAGGGCUGCAGUUUCAACAGAAAUAAUCUGUAAGUGACAUUUAAAAGCGAAUUUACUAAAGUUAGAUCAGCAACUUUACAUUGCUCAAAAUCUUGUCAUUAAAAAGAAAAAAAAAAAAAAAGCCCUCUGGGUGUAGGUAAAAUUACGUCAAAAAGUCACCAGAACUGAAGUCCUUAUCGGUUGUAUAAAGAAAAUUCACAGAUUGUUUCGAUCACUUCUGCAUUUUAAGGUAGCAAAACAUUAAGCCACUAGGCUAUUCAAUCAGCAACAUCCCACAAGGGUUUUAGGACUACCCUGGGUGAUUCAGUUCAUUUUCCGAGUUUCUGGUAGGAUGUAUUCAGCUUGGGUUACACUGUCUCCUUUCCCUCGUAGGGACUGGGACCCCAAAGUCAGGUAGGUAAAGGUAUUGUUUUUCAGGACUUUACGUGCUGGGGAAUUUCCCGAUUGGUAGUCCUGGAGAGUAUGCCACUGGCCCGGAGCAGUCUGGCCUUCCCAACCAGUGAGGAGAGAUGUCUUACUCCAAGGCCAAGUGACUGGCCAGGUGUAGGGCGGCAGAGCUCCUAGGGGGUCCGAAGGGACAACUGAGUGGACUCUGGCAAGGGACAGGGGAGCCCCAUUUGAAUGACCUGUGACCUUCCAAUGCCAAAUAUCCCCAAGAGGGCCCGAGGCCUGGGCUUGCCCUGAGGAACAAGGAUGUGCUACCGACCGGAGGGGCUAACACUGAGGUGUGGUGAGACCACCAGACAGCUCCCAGAACCUGGGUGUCACACAGAUACAUACACGGAAAGUAAACAGCUUUGGUGAGCCCAAAGGGGCCCAUCCUUAAAUCAAACAAGAAGCUAAACACCCACACAGACUGUUUUCCAAGGAAAUGUGUCUGCCCCUCCAAACAGCAUCCUUGUGUAGAGAGGGAAGGGGGCAGUGGAAGGACACAGCUCAAAUGACAUUGUGUACGUGUUUCCACGUCUAUCUACAUUCAUAUCAUCAUCAUCAUCAUCAUCAUCAUCGUCAUCAUCCAGUGUUCUUGUCUACAUAGAGUGAGCACGACAUUCUACCCACAUGGCAACUACAAACAGGCCAGGCCGCGUGAGGCCCCUUCCUCAGCACCACAGUGGAAAGGAGAACGCGACCAUGGUGGGAAAGGACAUCACACUAUUCCAUCCCUUCUACUGCCAUCCAGGGGGCAUCUUGAUCCUUCUAAAAUCAGAUGUAAAAGACAAGGUCAGGAAAAUUGGUCUCUGUGCCACCUGAAGCUAUUAUUGGCCAUCAUGCAUGAACAUGGCACUUGUAAAAAUUUCAUAAAUCUGAAACCAUCUUAAAAAAAAAAAAAAAUCCCAGCAACUGAAGUCAUCUUACA